AUGGCGUCGCUAGUGAACAAGCCCUUCACUUCCGUGUGUACGGCCAACAAGUCGGAGAUCCUGUCUCCGGAAUUUCACUCCGGCAGGCGCUGCCGUAUUCCAUCCGGGAGGACCGCUAAUAUUAUCAGAAUUGCUAGCAAGGGUGGCGUCGGUCGGAAAAUUCGCGGUAGUGACUGCGGGCUUGUGUGUAAAGCGGUGUCUCUUGAGACGGAGACUGAGAUUGAGGGUUUCAACAUCGCCGAGAAUGUUACUCAGCUUAUUGGGAACACACCAAUGGUUUACCUGAAUAACAUCGUAAAAGGUUCUGUUGCAAAUAUUGCUGCGAAGCUUGAAAUCAUGGAGCCAUGUUGCAGUGUCAAGGAUAGGAUAGGGUACAGUAUGAUUGCUGAUGCUGAGCAAAAAGGGCUUAUAACUCCAGGAAAAAGUAUACUGGUUGAGCCUACAAGUGGAAAUACGGGAAUUGGCCUUGCAUUUAUUGCUGCUUCAAAAGGCUACAAGCUUAUCCUGACAAUGCCUGCAUCUAUGAGUCUUGAGAGAAGGGUUCUUCUUAAAGCAUUUGGAGCAGAACUAGUUUUAACUGAUGCUGCCAAAGGCAUGAAAGGAGCUGUUCAAAAAGCUGAAGAAAUACUAAACAGCACCCCGGAUUCGUACAUGCUUCAACAGUUUGAAAAUCCUGCGAAUCCCAAGAUAUCAAGUGAUGAAGCUGUGGAAUAUGCUAAGCAGUUAGCUCUUCAAGAGGGCCUUCUGGUGGGUAUUUCUUCAGGAGCAGCUGCUGCUGCAGCUAUUCAGGUUGGAAAGAGACCGGAAAAUGCCGGAAAACUUAUAGCGGUUGUAUUUCCCAGCUUUGGGGAGAGAUACUUGUCGACAGUUCUUUUCCAGUCCAUACGGGAAGAAGUUGAGAAGAUGCAGCCUGAAGUGUAA